AUGACCAAGAUCCUCGCGUCCACUGCCGCCGUGGCCACUCUCGUCCUGGGCCUCCUCUCCGGUGUCCACUCGCACAUGUGCAUCAAGAACCCUCAUCCCCGUGGCUUGCCGGACUCUUAUGGUGGCACGGUCCAACCCUUUGACUACGACAUCCUCAGCCCCCUGGAUCAGCCCUCGGGUCGUACCUUCCCUUGCCAGGGCAAGCCCACUGGCCCCAUCCUGGCCACGCUGCAGGCCGGCACCAACUACACGGUCAACAUCGGCGGCAACUGGCCCAACCCCGCCACCCACGACGGCGGCCACGUCCAGAUCGCCAUCUCGUAUGACCUGUCGCUGAGCUACACCGCUUCCAACUGGGUUGCUGUUUUCACUGCUGCCCAUGGCACCUGGGACCCCACUCCCGUCGAAGCUGGCUACAUGUUCACCUUCACUGUUCCUCCCACGAUCCCGAACUCGGCCCAUGCUGUUCUCUCCUGGGUCUGGAUCAACGCCAUUGGCAACCGUGAGCUCUACACCAACUGUGUCGACGUCAGCAUCGUCGGCGGCUCCAGCAGCUCCUCGGCUACUCUCGUGGGCCCCCAGCUCUUCAUUGCCAACUACCCCGGCUACCCGACCAUCCCGGAAAUGGACCCUGGCGUCGAUGAUGGAUCCGAGUACCUUUGGGAUCGCCCUAUCAUCUCGAUCACUGCGGGCCCGCAGACGGCCACUCCCACCAUCGUGACGACCUCGGCUACUCCCACCACUACCACCACCACCACCACCACCACCACCACCACGACCACCACUACCACCACCACUCCUAAAACGACCACGACCACCACGACCACCACUCCUAAAACGACCACCACCACCACUCCUAAAACGACCACCACCACCACUCCCAAGACCAGCCCCACCACCACCUCCAAGACCACCACGACCACCAGUGCCAGCCCCAGCACCACGGCCUCGUCCUGCACCCCCGGUGCCUAUGCCUGCAGCGCCUCCGGCACCGACAUUCUCGUCUGCAACUACAGCAACCAGUUUGUCGUCAUUGGUUCCUGCUCGACCGGAUAUACGUGCGAUCCGGCCACCUUCACGUGCCACUAA